UAUUAAUUUAUUUAGUAUUAUAUCAUUAACAUUAUAUUAAAUUAUAUUAAUAAAAAUGGUUCGGAAACUUAAAUUUCAUGAGCAAAAAUUGUUAAAAAAGGUUGAUUUUAUUGACUGGAAGAAAGAUAGUACUCUACGAGAAAACAAGAUAUUGCGUAAAUACCACAUUCAGAAAUCUGAAGACUACACAAAGUAUAACAAACUGUGUGGCUCUGUUCAUCAGUUAGCAACAAAGAUUAAAGAGCUGAGUCCUAAAGAUCCAUAUCGUAUCGAGUGUACAAAAAAACUCUUGUUAAAGUUAUAUAAUUUAGGUCUUGUAAAUGAUUGCAAAGAUUUUUCUUUAAUUGAAAAAGUUACUUCAUCUUCCUUUUGCAGAAGAAGAUUACCUGUUGUUAUGCAUAGAAUCAAAAUGGCUGAACAUAUAAAAGAUGCUGUAAAGUAUAUUGAACAAGGUCAUGUGCGAGUUGGUCCAGAAGUUGUUCAAGAUCCUGCUUAUUUAGUACCUCGUAAUAUGGAGGACUAUAUCACAUGGGUAGAUUCAUCAAAAAUUAGAAAACAUGUUAUGGAGUAUAAUGAUAUUCGAGAUGACUUUGAUCUUAUGUAGUCUUUUAAUAUACUUAUCAAUUUUGUGUUUGUUUUCUUGUUGUUUAACAUAUAUUUUGGUAAAAGCCAUUUUUGA